AUGGGUUGCUGUGAUUCGAGGCCUGAACCGGUAAAUCAAGUGACAGAAAAAGCGCCAAUAAAAAGGCCAAAAUUUAAACGCAAAACAAGAUUUCUGAAGCCUCAAACCCAAAAAACACCCGUUUCUUCUCCACUUCAAGAAACUAGAACUCCACGACGAAGCACUCCAGUAGUCAGCAGAGGAUCCUUUAUACUUAACGUUCCAGAAUCUUUGAAAGAGAACUAUGCAAUAAUAAAAAAACUGCACGAUAACCCAAAUGGAAUAGUUGCGAUUGCUCGAGAUAAAAGGACAAACAUGCAAAGGCUCAUAAAAGAGGUGAGAUGAGCAAAGAUGGAAUGAGGGGAAAGUGAGAAAUUCAUGGAAAGAGUCGAUAGCCUAAAAGAUCUUGUAAAAAUUAUGUAG